AGGCUUCGAUCACUGCACCGCCCACCGCUUCGCCCCGUCGUCGCCGUCCCCUCCUCCCUCCCUCCCUCCCCCACCACCUCCAAAAAAAAGAAAAGAAAAGAAAGAAAAGAAAGAUUCAGGGGGGAGCGCGGCAUCGUCGCCGCGGUUUCAGAAGGUGGCCGGCGCCCCGGCGUAGAACGUGCGCGCGAGUCCGUCCCCCGGGCAUAGCCGCCGGAGCCCGCGGCUCGGUGUCGGUGGCGCCGGCGUUGGCGGGCGCCGCCGUGGGGGGAUCACGCUGGUGCGGCCGGCUCGGGUCGAUUCCGUCCUGUUUCCGUGGGACCAGGGAAGGGUAUUCGAUGUGUUUUCUUGGUAAUUUGUUGUGGAAAUCCGCAUCGCUCGGUCAGGGCCAGGGUGGACAUUAGGCGGCUGCUGGUUUUCUGUCAGGAGAUGAAUGAUUCGGUGCUGGAACAUAGUCCUACUUUGGUGAUUGGCAUUUCAGAGCCAGGUGGAAGGACAUUGUUUCGCCUUCGAGCCCGUGCCGCUCAAGGAGGAGCUUCUGGCACAGCCAUCAUUCAUUUGCUCUGCGUUGGAUGAAUAAACAAGUUGGUUCCAAUCACCAGAAAAAUUUGGAUGUUGUCUAUCAAGAUCUGAACAAAGUUCUAGGUCUUAGUAGGUUUUGACUCUUGAGAACCUUUCAGAUGUCUCAUCUACUGUUUGUCCACUGAAAGGCGUUAUGGAUCCUACAAAUUUCUUGCAUCUGAAAACAGUACCAUCUGAGAAUGGACUUAAACCAGUUGAAAAUCCAAGCGAUAAUCUGCUGGAUAUGGCUUGUGAAAGCCCAUUUUCUGGGAAAGUCAAGUUCAUGUGCAGCUUUGGUGGGAAAAUCUUGCCAAGGCCAAGUGAUGGGAAGCUCAGGUAUGUGGGCGGGGAGACACGUCUCAUCUCCAUCAACAGGAGCUUCUCAUGGAAAGAACUCAUGCAGAAAACUCUGACAAUCUACUGUCAGCCUCAUAUCAUCAAAUAUCAGCUACCUGAUGAGGAUCUUGAUGCACUGAUAUCUCUUUCAUGUGAUGAGGAUUUUCAGAAUAUGAUGGAAGAAUACGACACUCUUGAGAAGGCCAAUGGUUCAGUUAGACUAAGGAUAUUUCUUGUUUCCCUGACUGAAUGCGAGGACCCAUCAUUGGAUUCAAAGAGCUUGGAGAGUGAACCAGAGUAUCAUUUUGUUGCUGCUGUCAACAAUCUUGCACAUCUGGAUCGGAGCAUCAGCGGCAAUAAUUUAAUGAGCCAGUCAAACCAUCAAUUCUAUAGUUCUCCAGUCCCCUAUGGAGACUCACCGCUCUGUCCAACCAAUACAGAAACUGGAGCCAAGGAUUCUGUCGGAGCAACUCUUAAUGAGCCUUCCUCUCAGUUUUUUCUUGCUCCAUACACACAACAAAUGGUGGCGGAGUUGUCAACAACGUCAUCCCCGAGCUUAGGUCAGCAGAGGACCAUGCAACAGUCUAGGAUGCAACCCCCUGCAGAUGAAUCCACCAGGAAUCACGAGCAUGUGAAUAGAAGUGAGAUUUGCAAUGGUUUAAAUUUGAAAGCCAUGCCUCCAGGCCAUCUAAACAAGAAGCAAAAUGAUGCAGACAGGAGUAUUGGAACUGGACCUCCCAUGCACCAUCCUCAUAUUGAAAGGCAGGUGAAAGGUUUAGCUGGAAAUGAUAGUGACUUGAUUUCACGUACCAACUAUGAUAUUUCUACUCCAGUGGAAGCAUCCUUGUAUUCUGAAAAGGCCUCCGUGCAUGCAGAGAAUGCAGGAUUGGCACCUGGGCUGCAGGAACCCACUGCUCAAAUUCUAGGCAUGCCUCAUGCCUUCUCGGAUCCUUUGAUAAAGAACAUCAAUGAUGUACCAGCAUCCAAUUUGUCAUUACCUGCUGAUUCCUACAUAACCCAAUCAUUUUCCGACAAAAUAUGCCAAACUAAUGAGUUGGAGAGAACAAUUAGCAGGAGUAGGCCAGCUUUUGAAUGUGUUAAGCUCCCUGACAUUGCUCGUACAGAUGAAACAAAUUACCUUGUUUCUAAUCAUAUUGAUCAACAGUACGGUCAAGGAGUUAUUGGCUCAGCCAGUUCACAGGCACCAGUAUCUUAUCAACAUGAAAAUUUGUCUAGUAAUGUGACACGAAAAGGUCAUGAUGGUGGUCCUGUAAUUCAACAGCAGGAUAAGUGUUAUCAUCUGGAUAAAAAUGCUGGUCCAAUUGUUGCUCCCUGUAGCAAUUUUGUUGAUGCAGGAUUGAUUUAUCACACACGUGAUGCAAGGUUGUCCUCAGAUGAGUUAGAUGCUCUAGAAAGUUCAGUUCCAAAGCCAAUGUGUGCUACUGAUCAUUCCCUCUCAUAUCUUCUUAAUGUAUCCCAAGGAGGGGAUUCAAAUCCUGGGUCACACAUAGAGAAACUGAAUUCAGGGCCUAUAGAAUAUGGAACUACUGGCUAUGGGCAUGGAAAUGAUAAAGUUGCUCCAGAGCCCCAUAUUCUGUUGCCUGUAAACACUUCUGAAGCUUUUGCCUUGCAAAGGUCAAUGGUCAAUGGAGAAGCCAGUGUGUAUCAGAAUGGUAAUCUGCGCCCGUCAUCAGUGCAUAAUUCUGGUUUGGCUGCCUCUCCGCAUAUUGGGCUGAUUGAUACUGAUCUGAGCAUGAACUUGCAUGGCAAUGGUGGCCUCUCAUUGUCUUCGUCUCAAAAUCCAGUUACAGAUGGUGUUCCUAGGAGAGACGAUCUAAUUCGUGAUUGUGGCAAUAUUGCCUGUACUGAGGGAGUAAUUGGAUUUGACCGUACCGUCAUCAGUAAUGAAAGCAUUAAGCUACCACACAGGAUGCAUGAUAAUGCUCAAAUUAUUGUGCCUUUUAUAGUUGAGGACGUGACCGAUAAUGUGCCUUUAGGCAUUCCAUCAUCCAGCUCAGGUGGUCCUCAGGUUGUAAUAGCAACUGAAGAACGGCAAGAGGUGAUUAUUUCAUCACAAAAGGAUGAUGAUACUAGGAGCAUCGAGCCAGAGUUUGCUACUGAGGAUCAUGAUGGAGCUGUUGAUGGGUCCAUUAGUGAUGCUGUAGUUGCUGAACUUGAAGCUAGCAUGUAUGGAUUGCAGAUCAUAAAAAACGGCGACCUUGAGGAGCUACGUGAAUUGGGAUCUGGGACAUUUGGAACCGUAUACUAUGGAAAGUGGCGAGGAACUGAUGUUGCUAUAAAACGUAUUAAGAAAAGCUGUUUUGCUGGGAGAUCAUCUGAACAAGAGAAACUUACCAAUGACUUUUGGAGGGAGGCACAGAUUCUUUCAAAGCUACAUCAUCCAAAUGUCGUUGCUUUCUAUGGUGUGGUCCCUGAUGGAACUGGAGGAACAUUGGCAACUGUGACAGAAUUUAUGGUGAAUGGAUCACUAAGGAAUGUUCUUUUAAGGAAAGACAGAAUGCUUGACCGUCGGAGAAAACUUACCAUUGCUAUGGAUGCGGCAUUUGGGAUGGAAUACUUGCACUCCAAAAGCAUAGUGCAUUUUGAUUUGAAAUGCGAUAACUUACUUGUUAACUUGAGAGAUCCUCAGAGGCCAAUCUGCAAGGUUGGAGACUUUGGGCUGUCAAGAAUUAAGCGCAACACUUUGGUUUCUGGUGGUGUGCGUGGCACUCUUCCAUGGAUGGCACCAGAGCUAUUAAAUGGCAGCAGCAGCAGAGUGUCAGAGAAGGUGGAUGUUUUCUCAUUUGGUAUUGUUUUAUGGGAAAUCUUGACUGGUGAGGAACCAUACGCAAAUAUGCAUUGUGGCGCUAUCAUAGGCGGUAUUGUCAAUAACACUCUCCGGCCACCAAUACCUGAAAACUGUGACCCCGAUUGGCGAAAGCUGAUGGAACAAUGUUGGUCGGCCAACCCUGAUGCCCGGCCCUCAUUCACCGAGGUCACCGACAGGUUACGGGCCAUGCCAUCAGUACUUCAGUCGAGAGGACAGGCUCCGGGGACCAGAUAAAGCGCGAUAACAUCAGCCAGCAGAUUAUUUAACUGCAAUAGGCUUCAUCAGUUUCUGCACUGACAUGCGAGGCGCCUAUAUGUGCAUAGAGUACAUAUAUACAUAAAUGUAUUUAUUGGUUAUGGUGUGUAUUCUAUUCUGACGUAUCUACGCUUCUUGUAUACAUUUUUUUUGAACCCCCGAUGUCGAGGGUUUCUGAUGUAACUACAUGUAUCUGAGUUAACAAGUAGUGCAGGCUGCUGCCUGUGGCCUCACGGUUGUUAACAGUUUUGUGUGUAGGUUGUGAUGGUCUGCCAAAUAGACCACUCGAGCUUUUUUGGGCCUUGGGUUGUAAAAAUAUGAGCUGGACACUUGUAAUUACGUAGUAGCAGAUGAAAUACUGACUAUACUGGCAUGGCACUUUUGGAAGUAUGAAAUUUGAGAAAUAUAUGGAACUUUUUGCUUGGCUGAACUGGCAGCAAA